UCAUGGGGUCCGGAGCUGAGCACACCCUCCUAAGCGGCCUUGCAUUCCUCCUGCUUCUCCUGUCAGGCGAGGGGGCCAAGGGUGGAUCCCACAAAGAGAGCCCGAGGGUCUGCUCGAAGCAGACAUUGGUGGUCCCACUCCGGUACAACGAAUCCUACAGCCAGCCGGUGUACAAGCCCUACCUGACUCUCUGUGGUGGGAGGCGCGUCUGCAGCACCUACAGGACCACAUACCGGGUAGCGUGGCGGGAGGUGCGGAGGGAAGUGCCGCAGACCCACACCGUGUGCUGUCAGGGCUGGAAGAAGCGGCACCCGGGGGCGCUCACCUGUGACCAAGCCAUCUGCGCCAAGCCCUGCCAGAACGGAGGCAUCUGUGUGCGGCCAGAGCAGUGCGAGUGCGCCCCUGGCUGGGGUGGGAAACACUGUCAUGUGGAUGUGGAUGAAUGUCGGCCCGGCAUCUCCCUCUGCUCGCACCGAUGCCUCAACACAGCAGGCAGCUUUACCUGUGGCUGCCCCGCAGGCCUGGUGCUGGGCCCGGACGGGCGCACCUGCAAUGAGGGCUCCGCCGAACCUCCCACCAGUGCCAGCAUCCUCAGUGUGGCUGUUCGGGAAGCGGAACAUGAGGAUGGUGCCCUUAAGCGGGAGAUCAGGGAGCUGCAAGGGCGCCUGGAGAGGCUGGAGCAGUGGGCAGGUCAGGCCGGGGCCUGGGUCCGAGCAGUGCUGCCCAUGCCACCUGAAGAGAUCGAGCCCGAGCAGGUGGCAGAGCUGUGGGGCCGGGGCGACAGGAUCGAGUCUCUCAGUGAGCAGGUGCUGCUGUUGGAGGAGAAGCUGGGCACCUGUUCCUGCGAGGACAAUAGCCUGGGCCCAGGCCUCAACCGAAGGCGGAGAUAAAGGAACUGGUGCUGGGCUCCUGCUCCCUAAUUUAUGCAGAACUGGACCUACUAAUCUUCUGGGAUUGGCUGGCUGGGAGGCUGCAGAUAAGGUUAUCUGCCACCAAAAAGCAAUGUGCGGAGCUGGAGUGAUAGUACGGUGGGCAGGGUGCUUGUCUUGCACGCAGCUGACCCGGGUUUGAUCUCUGUCAUCCCAUAUGGUGCCCUAUGGACCACCAGGAGUAAUUCCUGAGUAUGUAGCCAGCAGUAAGCCCUGAGCACCACUGGGUGUGGCCCCAAAACAGAAAUUUAAAAGAACAACUUGCAAGUUUGCAGAAGGAAGGCGGAAUGUCCUGGCCAGCCCAGCCAGUCUUCAGUGUGGGACAGGUCACCUGGGAAGAACUGCUUUCUUCCACUCCUUAACAAACACAACCAGAAAGUGCCUAGAU